CUGCGCGCAGCAGCGUGCAGCUGAGCGGAGUCUCUCCGCCUGCAGGUAACAGUUUGCUCCCUGCUCCUGCCACGCUCGGAAGCACAAUCUCCCUGCCUGCACAGAGGGUGCUGACGAGUCGGGUCUCCCCUCCUGCUCUAAGUGGGGUCUCUCCUCCCGUGCUGAGUGCAGUGUCUCCUCCUCAGACCGGAGUCUCCCCCUCUGCACACAGCGUGCUUCUGAGCGGAGUCUCCCCGCCUGCGACUAGCGUGCUGCUGAACGCAAUCUCUUCUCCCGCAGGGAGUUUGCCUGCAAGGGGCGUUACUCCGGAUUCAAGCAGUGUGCUUUUGAGCGGGGUAUCUCCCCCUGUGCAGCCGAGUGGGGUCUCUCCUCCCGUGCACGGCGUGCAGCCGACCGGGGUCUCUCUGCCCGAUAUGCCUGUCACUGAAACCUCCCAUCCUGCACACAGCUGGCUCUUCGUGGAUGGCACCUCUCCUCCAGCGGUUACCAUGGACGCGGUCACCUCUCCUGUCACGGCCCGCAUUGGACCUGCAUUGGCAGCAGGCAUGUCCCCCCUCCCCCGCAUUGGACCUGCUGCCAUAUCCGUUCCUCGGCCUUUCCCCCCUCCUCCGCUGCCCUCGCCGCCAAGCCGAUUCGCGGCUGCUGCGCCCACUGCCUUCAUGCCUCCUCCCCUGCCUCCUGCUGCUAUGCCGCCCCCUGCUGCCCCAGUGGAUACCACUAUGGAUGAAUCCAAUGUGGCAAACAAUGCUCGCACCCCUGCUGCAGUGUCUCUUGCUCCGGCUGCUUCCGCUGCUGUUCCUACUGCUCCUGCUCCUGCUCCUGCUCCUGCUCCUGCUCCUGCUCCUGCUCCUGCUCCUGCUGCGCCUGCCACUCCUAUUGAGUCAGCCACUCUUGCUUCUGGGCCUUGCUCCUUCCCCCAGCACCAGCAACAGCAGGCGCCUCUAGCAGAGCAACGGGUAGAUGCGGCAGAGGGGGAGUCAGCGGACCAAACAGCAGAGCACCCAGAAGAGGAGGCAGCAGAGGCGGCAACAGAGGAGGCUGCGGGGGGGGCAGCAGAACAGGAAGCAGAGGAGGAAGCAGAAGAGGCAACAGAGGGACCAGCAUACGAAGCAGCGCAGAAGCUGGCACAGCAGCCAGCACAGCAAAGCCCAGCACCUAGCGAGACCUCCUCCCUACUCCCCAUCCCUCAUGGCCCCUCCGUCACUCCACGUGUCACUGAGGGCCCCUCCAUCAGUCCACGUGUCCCUGAGGGCCCCUCCAUCAGUCCACGUGUCACUGAGGGCCCCUCCAUCAGCCCACGUGUCGUUGAGGGCCCCUCCAUCAGUCCACGUGUCCCCCAGCUAUUGCAGGAUCUCCUGCUCUUCCCCGGCAGCCACCGCAACACCAUCCACCUCAACAGACACGACAGCAACCAGUCCAAACGCCAGGGCAGCAGCAGCAGCAGCAGCAGCCUGUGGCAAUGGCAGAGGUGAUGCGCGAGCUGCAGGCAGUAGCAGGGCUGCUGAGCGGAGUGGGCGAGUGGGACGCCAUGCCCCAGCCGCGCUCCCGCGCCGCACAUGCGGUGCAAGAUAACUGGAAUAUGCAAAGAGGUACAGUAAAUACAGUAAGCAGAGGGGGUGCAGUAGAUAGAGCUAUCUUGGACCAAGUGCAGCAGCAUCAACAUAGGCAUGGUGCUGAUGCUGCUAGUGCUGCUGAAGGUGUGGUUAUGGAUGGUGGUUGCGAUGUGGACGAUGGGGGUGUCGCAAGGGGUGCUUGUGAUGUGAAUCGUGCUGACAUGAGAGGGGUCAGGGUGCACGGUCAAGAGGGCUUGGCCGGUGAACCUACCACAGGAGGCAGUGGAGGAAAUAAUGUGGUUACCACACG